GGCCGGCCCCGCAGGUGGCGACGUUCGAAUGGGAGCCCGAAGUGGCAGUUGGCGGCUCUCGGCCUCUGUGCCGCCGGCGGGGUGGGCGUUCAGGGCGCCGGCAGAGCAGCAGCGGCGGCCUCGGCCAUGCGCUUCCGAGCCCGGAUCGUCGACGUGAGCUGCCUCAACCACUUUACCCGGACGAUCCACACCAUCGCCAAGCUGACCAAGACCUGCGCCCUCCGCCUCACAGUGGACAAACUCUACUUCAUCCUGAGCGACAAAGUGGCCAAUGGAGGGGUGGGCCUGUGGUGUGAGCUCAGCCAGGGGAACUUCUUUGACGAGUUCCAGAUGGAAGGGGUAGCCGCCGAACACAAUGAGAUUUAUUUGGAGCUGACGCCCGAAAACCUCGCCAGAGCCUUAAAGACGGCCCAGAACGCCAAGGCCGUGAAAAUCAAGUUGACGAACAAGCACUGCCCCUGCCUCACGCUCGCUGUGGAGCUGGUAAGGGGACUAGAAACCCACCCGAAUCGUUGUCCCGCCUCAGUCUAAUCUUUUGUCCUUGUGUUCUGUGUGCCCGUCUUCUCCUCUUUUAAAAUUGUAACCGUUAUAUCCGACCACUGAGAACAAGCCGUUACAAACGCGAGUCUCACCAAUGAAAAUUCACAAUUUUGAGGGGAGGGAGAAUGGGGCGAGGACCUUGAAGGAUCCGUACAGGCUACCUUGUUGGGCUU